AUGUCGGUCGUCAGUCAGGUUGUAAGCAGCCUUACGGGCUCCCACCAUGAGUAUGACCUCGUCGUAGUUGGAAGUGGAUUUGCCGGUUCUAUGACCACAUUGAACUUUCUCGAAGAAUGCAAAAAGCUCGGGAAAAGGGGUAGAGUUGCAUUGAUCGAAGCGGGUAAAGAAGGAGAACGAUGUGGUGCAAGCAGAUGGACAAUGGCAUACCUGAGAUUGGACAAAGGUUUGGGCCAAGCGGCCAGAAGCAACGUGCCUUCAUGCGUGCUAACUGUUGCAGACAACAACUUUGACUCGGACUGGAAGCAUGAAAUGAAGGUUAGUUUCCGAUGUGACCAGCAAGGCUCUGAUACUAACAACAUCAGCGAGGGGUUGGCAGACCUGGAAUAUUGCGCCAAAAUGGAGAAAGAAGUCCCCGUGACUGCCCAGUAUCUGCUUGACCACGGGGUGAAACUCAACCAUCAUGACGAGAAGAAUGUGCUCCUGGAGUUCAAUACCAACCAACACUUCGUGUUCCCCGAGGGUGGUGGUCAUGCAAUUAUCAAUGCCCUCUUCGACCAUAUCCGCAAGUUUGAUGGUGUUACAAUAAUGUGGGAGACGCAAGCAGAACAGUUGCUGACCCACGAUGACGGGUCUGUUUGCGGCGUCAAAGUUCGAAAGGCUGAUGGACACAUGACAAAAGUCCACGGUAAGAAAGUCAUGUUGGCUUGCGGCGGGUUCGAGGGAAACCGUGAAAUGUUAGCCAAAUAUGUCGGACCGAGAACAGAACACCUCGAGCUUAUCGCACCGGGCCUCAAGUACAACACCGGCUUCGGUUUGAGGAUGGGGUUGGAAGUUGGUGCUGCUGUUGCAGGUUCCAUGAGCGGCAUGCAUUGCGAAUUGGUCGACACCCGAGCCAAAAAGCCCGAUGCUGUGAUCUGGGGCCACAAUUAUGGUAUCGUUGUGAACGAGAACUGCAAGCGUUUCUAUGACGAAGGCAAACGACACCUCUUUGCAACGUUCGAGAUGAUUGCCCUCGAGACCUGGAGAGACCACAACCAGAAAUCAUACUUCAUCACUGACAGCCCGAUCAUGGACCGCUUCCGCCCAGGCUGGGUCUAUGACACCACUGACCAAGAGCCUGAGAAAAGUGAUACCAUCGAAGGGUUGGCCGAAAAGCUCGGACUGGAUCCGAAAGAGCUGAAAAAGACAGUGGAUGAGUAUAACGCGGCCAUCAACGACAAGGAGUUCAACCUGAUGGCACUUGACGGCAAGAGGACACACGGUCUCAAUCCCGACAAGACCAACUGGGCCAACCCUAUCACCAAACCCCCUUACUACGGAUAUCCAAUGAAAGCACAACUUACCUUCACUUAUGGUGGGCUCAAGUGCGACCUUGACUCGAGGGUGCUUUCGACGACGGGGGUGCCAAUCCCAGGCCUGUACUGUGCCGGGGAAUUGAGCGGCUUGUUCUAUAACGAGUGUAAGUUCUUCAAUGCACCUUCAUCGCGGUCACCGAUCCAUCCGCCCGCAACGAGUGUUCUCCGCUCGCUCACUUUUGGCCGGAUUGCUGGCCGUGAUGCCGCUCAGGCUCUGUAG